AUGGGAGUGAAGGUUGAUGGUCCGCAGCUACACCAUUUGCGCUUUCCUGAUGACAUCAUACGGAUAACACCUAGCAUCAGCCAAGCGGAACGAAUGCUGACCGAAUUCGACGAAACAUGUGGAUGCUUCGGUCUUCAGCUGAAUCUAGACAAGACGAUGUUCAUGCGGAACGGAUGGGUCUCGAAUGCGGAUAGGUUUGCUAAGGAAAGUAAAAUAAGGUGGGCCGGACACGUGAUGCGCUUUAAUGACAACCGUUGGACCAGAGCCGUGAGCGGCUGGGUUCCCCGCGAUAUUAAGCGCACUACAGGAAGACCGCCGACCCGAUGGUCAGAUUUCUUCUCGAUGUCCUUCAAAGAAAAAUAUGAUGCUCACCGUGUCCCACGCGAAAGAAGGAACCACUGGGCUACUCUGGCACGCGAUCGGGACAAAUGGAAGAAUUAUUGGCGCCCGCUCGACCAGUUCGAAGAUCAACGGGAGUCAAGGUGA